AUGUCGACGUCCAUCGCUUCCUACGACCAGCUGGUCCGGCAAGUGGAGGCUUUGAAGACAGAGAACACCCACCUUCGGAGGGAGCUAGAGGACAACUCCAACCACCUGUCCAAGCUGGAAAAUGAGACUUCAGAUAUGAAGGUGAGAAAGGGAGGCUCGUGUUCAGUGUAUUAGCAACAGCCCUCAGCCUCAGAUCAAUGAGGGCUAGAAUCAUGCUUUAUUUAAAGGAGAGGAGAGGAGCUCGCGGGUAGGACAUCUGCCUGGCAUGCAAAAGGCCCAGUCCAGGUUCAAUCCUGAGAUAGAUGGACAGAUUCCUGUUCAAUUCAGAUCCUGUUCCUAUUUAACUCAGAUCAAUGAGGACCAGAAUCUUGCUUUAUUUUAAGCAAAGGAGCAGAUCUUGCUGAGAAAGAUGGACAGAUUCCUGUUUCUAUUAAAUUCAGGUCAAUGAGGACUACAAUCUUGCUUUAUUUUAAGGAAAGGAACAGAUCUCGCCGAGAAACAUAGCUGUCAAGUGUCCCUUAUUUGAAGGGACAGUCCCUUAUUCCAGCGCCAUGUCCCGCUGCUGUCCCUUAUUGAUAGAUGUCCCUUAAAUGUCCCUUAAAUGAUGUCCCUUAAAUUUCAAAGGAAGCAGCUCCUCUCCCUCCCUCCCUCCCGGCCAGGGAGGAGGGAGGCUCCAACUGUGUUGCUUGGCUGUGUUGCUCACCCAAUAAGAAGUCUAAGAACGACUGGGGGGGUGGAGCUUGCAUGCCUUGUGUGUGGCUAGUUAAUGCAAGCUGAAGGGGUUUUUGAAUGCUGGAAACCAUUUUGUUGCAUGUGCUGCUGCAAACGUUGCAGUGCAAAGCCAGGCCGGGGAGCCAUCUUAAGUUGUGGCUGCAUAGGCCUUGUGGUGCAUGUGAUUCAGAUUCUAUUCAGUUGAACCUCUGGUUACAAAGUUGGUUGGACAGUGUUCUCGAAGCUACCAGCAUGAGUUUGACCAGACUGCAGGAGGACAGGAAGACUGGAGUGCCUGGAACAGGUGAGGCUGCAGGUCCCUUAUUUUGGCUGCUGGUCCCUUAAUUUCAAGGCUGCUGGUCCCUUAUUUUCAAAUCUGUAAGUUGACAGCUAUGCUGAGAAAGAUGGACACCUGGGAAUUUCCGCCUGAAUCAUCCCCAACCAAAAGGACUCUGCUUUCUUUUGGGCAACAUUUUUUUAAAUUCAUUGUGAAUUAUUUCCCAAUACUCUUUUACCCGGUCCACCACAUGUGAAAGAACGUUCGCUCCACCUCUUUGCAAUUGAAUCCAUUUUCUUUCUCUCCCAUUUUUUGUCCAUUCCAGGAAGUCUUGAAGCACCUCCAGGGAAAACUGGAACAGGAGGCCAAGAUGAUGGUUUCGACAGGUCAGAUGGAAGUCCUGGACCAACUGAAAGGUGGGUGGAAGUCACAAUCCGAGAGGAGAUCUUUGUUCGAAAGCACGCCAGUGCAAGUAGAUAAAUAGGUACCACUCCGGCGGGAAGGUAAACGGCGUUUCCGUGCGCUGCUCUGGUUCACCAGAAGCGGCUUAGUCCUGCUGGCCACAUGACCCGGAAGCUGGACGCCGGCUCCCUCGGCCAGUAAAGCGAGAUGAGUGCCGCAACCCCAGAAUCGUCCGCGACUGGACCUAAUGGUCAGGGGUCCCUUUUCCUUUAAAUCAGGCUUCUGGUCCUCAAGGCUGCAGAGGCAGCUUUGGAAAGUGUGUGUUGGCUUGUGUGUUGGCCUUUGGAAGGAAAAAGGUCAGGCUUUGCAUUCAAUAUAAAUGGAUAAAUAGUGACUGUCACCCCCCUUUUCUGCACUGAGCCUCUUGGGCUUGCCGAUCGGAAGGUCGGUGGUUCGAAUCCCUGCAACGGAAUGAGCUCCCAUUGCUCUGUCCCAGCUCCUGCCAACCUAGCAGUUCAAAAGCACACCGGUGCAAGUAGAUAAAUAGGUACCACUGUGGCGGGAAGCUAAACAGCAUUUCUGCGCGCUCUGGUUUCCAUCAUGCGCCAGAAGUGGUUCAGUCCUGCUGGCCACAUGACCCGGAAAGCUGUCUGCGGACAAACGCCGGCUCCCUCGGCCUGAAAGUGAGAUGAGCGCCGCAACCCCAGAGUCGCCUUUGACUGGACUUAACCGUCCAGGGGUCCUUUACCUUUACCUUUUGUUCCAGCCCUGCAGAUGGACAUCAGCAGCUUAUACAACCUCAAAUUCCAUCCGCCGGCUCUUCUCCCCGAACCCAUCAGCCAGGAUCACAGCCCCGAAGGCAGCCCUGCUCACGCAGGCUCCCUACAGAGAAAGGACAGCAUGUUGGACCUCAGCCGGGCCACGAUCCGACUACUGGAGGAGCUUGACAGAGAAAGGUGAGGGGGUCAAUGAGGUCACCAUUGGAGGUGGCAAGCCAAACCUCCCCCAUCUCAGUUAAUUUCUCUUUUUUUUUCAUCCACAUGUGGUCUGAACCAGCCUCCCCUUUUGAGAUCAUAACCUUGCCAUUGAGCGGGGGGGGGGGGUUGUUUAUAUUUUUUAUUGUGUAUUUUGUGGUUUUAUAUCUUGAUUUUAUUCUGUGAACCACCCUGACACACACACACACACACACACACACACGUAUAGGGUGGUACGUAAAUUCAUGAAAUAAAUAAAUGCCUUGGUUCUCAAACUGAAUCCGUUCCAAAACCAAAGUGUUCCAAAACCAAGGCGUGCUUUCCCAUAGAAAGUAAGGCAAAACGGAUUAAUCUGUUCCGGACUUUUAAAAACAACCCCUAAAACAGCAAUUUAACAUGACUUUUACUAUCUAACGAGAUCCAUAAAAUGAAAGCAAUAAUCAAUGUACUGCACCAUAAAAUAAAUAAGACAGUAUUGCAGAUGAUAAAAAUUAAAAUUGCAUUUAUUUUUUUUACCUGCACUGAAGACGGUCAUUGUUUGGAUGGGGGGCUUUUAUCAAUUUCUGCAGCCACACACUCCACCAAUCAGUAGCUGAACUGGGUUCCACAGAAUCACAAAAGCAAUUUAACCGAAAAAGCCUCAAAAACAAAAACGCAAAAUAAAGAGCAAAAACAAAAGUGCCAAACUUAAUCUGUUCCGGAAGUCCGUUUGACUUCUGAAAUGUUCAGAAACCAAGGCGCAGCUUCUGAUUGGCGCAGGUGCCCCAGAAACAAUAGCCGACAGCAGCAGUGGACGUUCGGCUUCCGAAAAAACGUUUGAAAACCGGAACACUUAAUUCCAGGUUUUCAGUGUUUGAGAACCAUAGCGGUCAACCGUCCCUUAUUUGGCGGGAAAGUCCCUUAUCCCAGCGCCGUGUCCCGCUGCUGUCCCUUAUUGAUGAUGUCCCUUGAAUUUCCCGGGUUUCAAAGGAAGCAGCUCCUCUCCCUCCCUCCCUGCCGGCCAGGGAGGAGGGAGGCUCCAACUUUGUUGCUUGGCUGCGUUGCUCACCCAAUAAGGAGUCUAAGAAUGACUGGGGGGGUGGAGCUUGCAUGCCUUGUGCCGAUCAAAUCGGCCGCGUUGCCUGGGGACUCGCCUUUGCUCAGCGCUUCCCAGCGGAGAGGUGACGGUGGUUUCCCUUGCUGCGUCCCCUUUGCCGGGUUGCUGCGCUGUGGGAACCACCGCUUGAGGCUUCAUUUGGCUGCUGGCUGGGCUUUCUUGCCUUUGGCUCGGGAGCUGGUUGACUAAAAUCCCUUAUUUUCGAGGCUGCUGGUCCCUUCUUUUCAAAUCUGUAAGUUGACAGCUAUGCAUUUGAGAACCAAGGUACCACUGUGAAUAGCAAUGAGGCCUAGCACCUUGCUUUAAUUGUAAGGGAGAGAGAACAGCUAGGUGGCUUGGCACCUGCUCUGUAGGCAGAAGUCCCCAGCUUUGACCGCCCAAUUCUCCUGCCUCAAAAAAAGGAUCACAAUCAGGUGAUGGGAAAGAUGGUGGACAGCAAGCUGCCAGCCAGAGCAGACAAUACUGGCUAAAUGAACCCAACGCAGAUUCCCGUACCUAACUGAAAGUGUGCCAGCAUGAUCCAUGCCAGCUUUCGAUUUAGCUAAGUGCAGGGUAGAGACGUCCACACCGUACAUUUAAAGCUCCCCCCGAAAAAAGAAGGUUGGGAACUGUAGUUUUUCACACCCGGCGCUACAAUUCCAGGCGCCCUUAACAAACCACAGUUCCUAGGGUUCUUUUUUGGGGGGUGAGGAGCCUUCCUUUUCUGACUGACGCCCUCCCACUGUGCUUUACUCACCACCACCCUUUCCUCUCUCCCAGAUGUUUUCUCCUGAGUGAGAUUGAAAAAGAGGAGAAGGAAAAAUUGUGGUACUAUACUCAACUCCAAAGCCUCUCCAAAAGACUGGAUGAGCUCCCUCACGUGGAGACGGUGAGUUUCGGAAACCCACGGGCCCCCCUUCUUGGCAUACCAGGGGUGUGCGGGACCAAGGUUAGUGCAAAGCUCUUCUCAAGUUCCUAGUCCCUGGUGUGUCUGCUUGCGGGGAGAGAGAUUCUGCAGAAAGAGGAACUGGACAUGAAAAACAUUGCACAAACACAAAGCUUUGGCCUAAACGGGCUUGUAAUACUCUCUCUUUGUGUCCUAAAUAUGCCGGUUUGUGUCUAAUUACCGUAUUUUUCGCUCUAUAAGACGCACCAGACCACAAGACGCACCUAGUUUUUGGAGGAGGAAAACAAGAAAACAAAUAUUUUGAAUCCCAGAAGCCAGAACAGCAAGAGGGAUCGCUGCGCAGCGGAAGCAGCAAUCCCUCUUGCUGUUCUGGCUUCUGGGAUAGCUGCGCAGCCUGCAUUCGCUCCAUAAGACGCACACACAUUUCCCCUUACUUUUUAGGAGGGAAAAAGUGAGUCUUAGAGAGCAAAAAAUACGGUACUGUAUUUUUCCACGUAUAUUUCCCCCCCAAUUUUUUUUUAAGUUUAAAAAUGGGGGUCGUCUUAUACAUGGAACGUUGCAAUUCAUUAUUUCUUAAUUUGGGGCUCAAAAAAUAGGGGUCGUCUUCUACGUAGGGGCAUCUUAUACACGGAAAAAUAUGGUAACAUUUCUUGACAUCUCCCGGGCUAUUUUAGGGCUGGGUGAAUUCAAUCAAUCAAUCAAUCAAUCAAUCUGUUUAUUUUGAGAGGGCUUGAAACAGUCCCACAAAACCCCGAGUCUUUGAUUAUGUUAAGACAAAAGUCCAUCGCCUAAUGCUUUAUUGCUUUAACACUGGUUAAGGCAAUGUUUUAAGGUUGUUGCUUUUUAAAACGAAUCUGGGAACUGUAGUUCCCCCACUCACUGAGCUACAAUUCCCAGCACCCUCAAGAAACGAUGGUGUCAAGGAAUCUUUUUUUAGGGGGAAGCAAUGAUCUAGAAGAUUCUCAUGGCCAAAUUCAGAGGGGUUUUUUUAACCGUCUCAGCCAUUAAAAAAAAAAAAAAACUGGCAAACAAAAGGAACCACAAGUCCUACUCAGAACAGAUCCAUCGAAAUCGAUGGGCACGAUUCACUGAGGCCUAGCCAUUUCCGCGGGGUCUACUCUGAGUAAAACUCCGUUGGCAGCAGCUCCAAAUGAGCAGCGUCGGCGAAACCUGAUAGGGGUGGAAAAUCUGAAUAUUCUCCGAUGUGGGUGUUUUGGUUUUUUUUUUUUUAAAAUGAUAUUUAUUAAAAUUUCAAAGAAUACAAAAACAUAAAAUAAAAAUACAAGAAAAUACAAAAUACAGAAAAAAGAAUAAAGUUUUUAAGAUAUAACAAAAAAAAUAAAAAUAAAAGGAAAUAUACAAAAUAGAAACAAUUAAAAACACAUCAUUAGUUUUCCAUAACAUAUCUUCCUUUCACUUUUUUCCCCGGACCUCCUCGUACCUCCCUUUUUUGUAUUCCAGUUCAGUUUGUUAGUUCAGCAAAUCCUUACCAUUAAACUUUUACCCAUUUAUGAAACCUUUUUUCGUAUCUCUUAAAGCAUUACAGCUGGAAACCACUUAGUUUCUAUCCAACAUCCUUCUAAAAUUCCUUAAUUUUACAAUAUUUCUGUAAAUAGUCUUUAAAUUUCUUCCAGUCUUCUUUCACCGUCUCUUCUCCCUGGUCUCGGAUUCUGCCAGUCGAUGUGGGUGUUUUGCAAGCAAAUGCAAAUACAGUGGUGCCUUGCAAGACAAAAUUAAUCCGUUCCGCGAGUCUCUUCGUCUUGCGGUUUUUUCGUCUUGCGAAGCAUGGCUAUUAGUGGCUUAGCGGCUAUUAACGGCUUAACGCCUAUUAGCGGCUUAGCGGCUUUAAAAAAAAGGAAACAAACUCGCACGAACUUGCAAGACGUUUCGUCUUGCGAAGCAAGCCCCUAGGGAAAUUCAUCUUGCGGAACGACUCAAAAAACGGAAAACUCUUUCGUCUUGCGCGUUUUUCGUCUUGCGAGGCAUUCGUCUUGCGGGGUACCACUGUAUCCGGAAUCCACCUCUCUAAAAAUUAUGGGACUGCUCUGGGAGAGGGAUAGUGAACAGAUGGAGUUUGUGUUUUUAACCCGGCUUCUUCCCCCGCCGUCGUCCAGUUUUCAAUGCAGAUGGACCUGAUCCGCCAGCAACUCGAAUUUGAAGCCCAGCACAUCCGCACCCUCAUGGAGGAGCGCUUUGGGACGACCGACGAAAUGGUACAAAGAGCCCAGGUGAGGAUUAUAAAAAUCCUAGAAUUAUAGAGUUGGAUUAAUUGAAUGAAUGAAUGAAUCUUCAGUUGCGUCCGCCAUCGACCAUAGCAAUAAAACAACAAUACAGUGGUACCUCGGGUUAAGUACUUAAUUCGUUCCGGAGGUCCGUACUUAACCUGAAACUGUUCUUAACCUGAAGCACCACUUUAGCUAAUGGGGCCUCCCGCUGCCGCCGCACGAUUUCUGUUCUCAUCCUGAAGCAAAGUUCUUAACCUGAAGCACUAUUUCUGGGUUAGCGGAGUCUGUAACCUGAAGCGUAUGUAACCCGAGGUACCACUGUACGAUAUACAAAGAAUAGAAAUAAAAAGUCAAUUAUAUAAAAUGCAUUUUAGGGUUUUGAAUCCAUCGUCAAGUAGUGGAUCUUAUUCUGAUUGCCCCAGCUAAAAACCUUGCCACCUUUGCUGUCACCUGCUCCUCUUGAUCUGCCAAGGGAAAGGACACGGUGGCAGUGGCUGGGCAACCCGGAAUGGACGAUAAAAGAGGGGUGAUAAUCUCAUUCCUCAAGUCUUUAUAAAGAGGGCAAGCCAGAAGGGCAUGUGCCACCGAUUCAGGACUGCUGUCUCCGCAGGGAUGUUUGUCGUGUGGAAUCUGUUGGAAUCGUCCCUCAAGAACAGCCAAGGGCAAGACAUUCAAUCUCGUGAGAGUAAACGCGCAUCUAUAUUUUGGAAUUGCUAGAUUAUGCAAAUAGGGUGCCGGAGAGUCGAAAUGGGAAGGUGGAAAACAGUCAUGCCAUGGGCAAAAUGUCCUUAUUGUGGCCAAGUUGUUCUGAUGCUCAAUAUCAUGUAAAGGUAAAAGGUAAAGGGACCCCUGACCAUUGGUCCAGUCACGAUGACUCUGGGGUUGCGGCGCUCAUCACGCUUUAUUGGCCGAGGGAGCCGGCGUACAGCUUCCGGGUCAUGUGGCCAGCAGGACUAAGCCGCUUCUGGCGAACCAGAGCAGCACACGGAAACGCCGUUUACCUUCCCGCCGGAGCGGUACCUAUUUAUCUACUUGAACUUUGACGUGCUUUCGAACUGCUAGGUGGGCAGGAGCAGGGACCGAGCAACGGGAGCUCACCCCAUCAUUGCGGGGAUUCGAACCGCCGACCUUCUGAUCGGAAAGUCCUAGGCUCUGUGGUUUAACCCACAGCGCCACCCGCGUCCCUCCAAUAUCAUUUAGGCGCUGGCAAAUUAGACUGUUUGCUUUACUAAAACCCAAAGUGAGUAACUGUUGCGGGGAUAAACCACAAGAGUGAAGUUUUUGAUAAACCAUUUUAGUCCAGGUGCUUUUGGGAUCUUGCAGCGCUAGGGAUAUUAGAUCAGGGGGAUUUGAGUUAGGCAAUAUAGUGUUGGAAAGGACCCAGUCCAAACCCCUGCAAUGCAGGAAUCUUUCUCUCAGCGCAGGAUUCGAACCCGCAGCCCUGAGAUUCAGAGCCUCGUGCUCUGCUGACCCAACUAUCAGGGCUUUGCUGUAGAAUCACUGGACUAUACUGAGCUGGAAAGAGGGGGUACUCCGGGGGGCAUCUAGAUGAACCCACCCCAAACUCAAUGCAGGAUGCGACCACGUCAUCCUAAACAAGCUGUGUCAGUAGACCCUUAAUCUUACGGUCAUGGGUUCGAAUCCCAUGUUGCAGAGGGGUGAACUAAAUGACCAUUGUGUUCCCUUCCAAUUCUACAGUUUUAUAUAGGGAGGAAGGAUUGCAAGAGCCCUUUGUUGUUGUUGUUGUUUAGUCGUCUCCGACUCUUGGUGACCCCCUGGACCAGAGCACCCCAGGCACUCCUGUCUUCCACUGCCUCCCGCAGUUUGGUCAAACUCAUGCUGGUAGCUUCGAGAACACUGUCCCACCAUCUCAUCCUCCGUCGUCCCCUUCUCCUUGCGCCCUCCAUCUUUCCCAACAUCAGGGUCUUUUCCAGGGAGUCUUCUCUUCUCAUGAGGUGGCCAAAGUCUUGGAGCCUCAGCUUCAGGAUCUGUCCAUCUGUCCUUCCAGUGAGCACUCAGGGCUGAUUUCCUUAAGAAUGGAGAGGUUUGAUCUUCUUGCAGUCCAUGGGACUCUCAAGAGUCUCCUCCAGCACCAGAAUUCAAAAGCAUCAAUUUUUCAGCGAUCAGCCUUCUUUAUGGUCCAGCUCUCACUUCCAUACAUCACUACUGGGAAAACCAUGGCUUUAACUAUACGGACCUUUGUUGGCAAGGUGAUGUCUCUGCUUUUUAAGAUGCUUUCUAGGUUUGCCAUCGCCUUUCUCCCAAGGAGCAGGCGUCUUUUAGUUUCGUGGCUGCUGUCACCACCUGCAGUGAUGAUGGAGCCCAAGAAAGUAAAAUCUCUCACUGCCUCCAUUUCUUCCCCUUCUAUUUGCCAGGAGGUGAUGGGACCAGUGGGCAAGAGCCCUUACAUAUUAUUAAUAUUAUAAUAAUAUUAAUAUUAAAUCGUAUAAUAAUAAUAUAUAAAAUUAUUGUGAUAUCUUAUUUUCUUCUAUUAUUGUGAACGGAAGCUGUUCCUAACAGUUUUUAACAUUGUGUUUUAAUAUUGCCACCCACCCUGGGUUCAUAACGGCCGAGUGGGCAGAUGUGGUUUGAAGCAAACCUGCCAGUAAAUAAUACGACGUUUUACUCUCUUUUUUAUUUUUGAAAAACACCAUUCAGAUCCGGGCGUCUCGGCUGGAGCAGAUCGACAAAGAGGUGAUUGAAGCUCAGGAAAAGGUCCAGCAAUCGGAGCCACAGGUGAGGGGGCUUGGAGUAGGGGGUGUUUGUAGAUCAGUGUUGACCCCAAUAUCCUUUUCACAUGAUCUGCUAGUAAGCCAGAUGUCCUCCAUUUUUCAUGCAGCUGGUUCUUUCUGUUGCUGUUUAGUCGUUUAGUCAUGUCCGCCUCUUCGUGACCCCCUGGACCAGAGCACGCCAGGCCCUCCUGUCUUCCACUGCCUCCCCCAGUUUGGUCAAACUCAUGCUGGUCGCUUCGAGAACACUGUCCCACCAUCUCGUCCUCUGUUGUCCCCUUAUCCUUGUGCCCUCCAUCUUUCCCAACAUCAGGGUCUUUUCCAGGGAGUCUUCUCUUCUGAUGAGGUGGCCAAAGUACUGGAGCCUCAGCUUCAGGAUCUGUCCUUCCAGUGAGCACUCAGGGCUAAUUUCCUUAAGAAUGGAUGCGUUUGAUCUUCUUGCAGUCCAUGGGACUCUCAAGAGUCUCCUCCAGCACCAGGUUCUUUCUACCUGACAUUUGUCCCUGUCGAAAUUCGGUUGGUUCGUUUUGGCCCAAUUCUCCAACCCAUUAAGGACAUCUCGAGUCCUGAUUCUGUCUUCUGUGACAUUAGCGCCACCCGCAAAUUGGACAAAGACCCCCUCAAUUCCUUCAUCCGAGUCACGACCCGGAAACUAGAACUAAUCCAGAAUGCGGCUGCCAGACUGGGGACUGGGACUGGCCGCCAAGACCACAUAACACCGGUCUUGAAAGGCCUACAUUGGCUCCCAGGACAUUUCCGAGCACAAUUCAAAGUGUUGGUGUUGACCCUGAAAGCCCUAAAUGGCCCAGUAGACCUAAAGGAGCGUCUCCACCCCCAUCGUCCAGCCCGGACACCUGGGUCCAUCUCCAAGGGCCUCCUGGUGGUUCCCUCAUUGUGAGAAGUGAGGUUGCAGGGAAGCAGGCAGAGGGCCUUCUCGGUGUUGGCACCUGCCCUGUGGAACACCCUCCCACCAGAUGUCAAGGAAAUAAACAACUACCUGACAUUUAGAAGACAUCUGAAGGCAGCCUUGUUUAGGGAAGUUUUUAAUGUGUGACAUUUUAAUGUAUUCUUAAUCUUUGUUGGAAGCCGCCCAGAGUGGCUGGGGAAACCCAGCCAGAUGGGCGGGGUAUAAAUAAUAAAUUAUUAUUAUUAUUAUAAAGACGUUGAACAACAACAGGCCCAGGACAGAACCCUGCGGCACCCCUCUUGUCACUUUUUCCCAGGAUGACGAGGAACCAUGAAUGAGUACUCUUCGGGUUCGGUCUGUCAACCAGCUACAAAUCCACCUAACAGUUCCCUUGUCCAGCCCCCAUGUUACCAGCUUCCUCGCAAGAAUAUCAUGGGGGACUUUGUCAAAAGCCUUGCUGAAAUCAAGAUAUACUACAGUACAUCCAUAGCAUUCCCCUGAUCCACCAAGCUUGUAACUCCAUCAAAAAGAGGUCCGGAGGGUGGGAACACGAGAGCGGGGCCUUCUCUGCAGUGGCUCCCUGUUUGUCGGAAUGCUCUCCCCAGGGAAGUUUAGGCGCUAGGCAAAAACGUUCCUUUUUAACCAGGCCUUUGGUUGAUCCGAUUUACAUCCCUGUGCCCUUUUAAAAUGUGGCUCUCUUGGGGGUGGGUAUUAUUGGGUUAAGGGACGCGGGUGGCGCUGUGGGCCACAGAGUCUAGGACUUGCUGAUCAGAAGGUCGGCGGUUCAAAUCCCCGCAAUGACGGGGUGAGCUCCCGUUGCUCGGUCCCUGCUCCUGCCCACCUAGCAGUUCGAAAGCACGUCAAACUGCAAGUAGAUAAAUAGGUACCGCUCCGGCGGGAAGGUAAACGGCAUUUCCGUGCGCUGCUCUGGUUUGCCAGAAGCGGCUUACUCCUGCUGGCCACAUGACCCGGAAGCUGUAUGCCGGCUCCCUCGGCCAGUAAAGCGAGAUGAGCGCCGCAACCCCAGAGUCGUCCGCAACUGGACCUAAUGGUCAGGGGUCCCUUUACCUUUUAAGGUAGUCUCUAUAGGAGUAUAUUGUAUUUUAAAAGGGGGUUUCAGAGUUUUUAGGGGUUUUUGAAUGUCUUACGUAGAUUUUUCAAUUCCAAUGUUCUGUAUGGGACGACGACAAUAAAGAUAUCGUAUUGUAUCGACGGAGGAGGGUGGCAGCUGGGUGUCCUGGCCCCCUCCCAAAAAAAUCCUGGGUACACCCACGACCCCUGCACCUUCCCAGUUCAUGAUCAGGAUCAGACCCGCCCCAAAACUGGUCCGUCGCAGAAGGAUGUGGUGUGAGUCUCAUCGCAACCCUUUUCCUCUUCCUACCCCUUGUCGUCCCGACUCCCCAGGCAGAGAUUUGGAGCCAGUGAUGCUAAGCCGUCACGGCAGCCAGGCGGAGAUGUCCACUCGCCAGAACGAACGCUGUGACAGCCUCAGUUUGUCCCGCAGAGAAUGUCAGCAGACCUUCUGCUGCCUGCGAAUUCGAAUCCUCGUAUCUGCAGGACAGACAGAUUUUAAAAAUGAGCCUUUUCCUGUAGCGACUAGGUUAGACAGUGCCGUAUUUACCGUAUUUUUCACUCUUUAAGAUGCACCAGACCACAAGACGCACCUAGUUUUUGGAGGAGGAAAACAAGAAAAAAAAUAUUCUGAAUCUCAGAAGCCAGAAGAGCAAGAGGGAUCGCUGAGCAGCGAAAGCAGCAAUCCCUCUUGCUGUUCUGGCUUCUGGGAUAGCUGCGCAGCCUGCAUUCGCUCCAUAAGACGCACACACAUUUCCCCUUACUUUUUAGGAGGGGAAAAGUGAGUCUUAUAGCGCAAAAAAUACGGUACUUAACCCAAGGUACCACUGUACGUAUAAGCUAAACAAGCUAUAGCUUAGGGCCCCACUCUUUUGGGGGCCCGCCAAAAAACUGAAGGGGGAUGUACAUUUCCAAAAUAGAAGAUCAAAAACAAAUAAAAUAAAAGCCUAUAUAUAGAAAGGAGCAAACCGGUGAUAUUUUAGGGAGCAGGCAAGCAUUAAUGGAGCCUACACAACACAAAACGCUGUUGCUGGAUGUAGGUUUUAUUUUAUUUGUGUUUUUAUCUUUAUUGGGGAACUGGGCCAAAGCAAACCAAAUGAGUUUUGACAGGAACAAAUGUCAAUUUAUGAACUUAAGGAGACAGAACCAGCUGCGUGAAAAACGGGGGACAGCAGGCCCACUAGCAGAAAUGUACAUCCAGGUUGUUUUUGUCCUUUAAAUUUUUUGGGGGCCCUAAGCUAUAGCUUGUUUUGUUGUUGUUGUUUAGUCGUUUAGUCGUGUCCGCCUCUUCGUGCCCCCCUGGACCAGAGCACGCCAGGCCCUCCUGUCUUCCACUGCCUCCCGCAGUUUGGUCAAACUCAUGCUGGUAGCUUCAAGAACACUAUCCAACCAUCUCGUCCUCUGUCGUCCCCUUCUCCUUCUGCCCUCCAUCUUUCCCAACAUCAGGGUCUUUCCCAGGGAGUCUUCUCUUCUCAUGAGGGGGCCAAAGUCCUGGAGCCUCAGCUUCAGGAUCUGUCCUUCCAGUGAGCACUCAGGGCUGAUUUCCUUCCGAAUGGAGAGGUUGGAUCUUCUUGCAGUCCAUGGGACUCUCCAGAGUCUCCUCCAGCACCAGAAUUCAAAAGCAUCCAUUCUUCGGCGAUCAGCCUUCUUUGUGGUCCAGCUCUCUAGCUUGUUUAGCUUAUAGUAAAUCUGGCACUGGAGGGGUGUUUAAAAGGAGAGGUUUUUUUUUUCAUUUUUGCAACCCUAUUUUUCCUGUCCUUGUGAGCAUCCCUCGACGGGCAAACGCCAGGGCCGUGAUUUGGUCCUGCGCCUCAGACAGAAUAAGGAUGGUUUUGUGCCUCGUUCCAGGGACCAAACCGCUUGUUCUUCUCCUUUCCCCGUUCUCUUUCCCCAAUGAGGAAGAAAAGAAAGCUUAUUUUUUUUGUUCAAGCGUCCCUGUGGAACAGGGAGGCAGUUGCCGUGGUGACGAGAAGUAGGUCAGCAAAGCAGGGGGGGGGGGCGGGCAAGCUGGCCUGAUGGCCGCAACCAGAUUUGGCACAGCUGCCAACUUCUGUGUGUAAAUGGGAGAAAGGUUUGGCUGGCGAUAGCUUCCUUCUCCCGACGAUCUGGUGCCACCAAAAUUUGCCGGGACGCAAGCCAGGUCUGUGUGGCUUUGGGUAUCCUAACCUCACCCCAAAAUUUAUUUAUUGGUGUGCGCUUUCCUUUUGGCAAAUCGGAGCAAAGAGUAAAAUGGAAUAAAUUAAGGAUUAAGGGGGUGGAGGUGCCGUGGCCCUUCUCUCCAGGCGCAAGCAAGAUUCUAGUCCUUAUUGUUCUCAGUUUAAAAAUGGGAAUUGUGGAUUGUGAAGAGGUCAUCCCCUAAUUCAGUGGUACCUCGGGUUACAUACGCUUUAGGUUACAGACUCCACUAACCCAGAAAUUGUGCUUCAGGUUAAGAACUUUGCCUCAGGAUGAGAACAGAAAUCGUGCUCCGGCAGUAGCGGGAGGCCCAUUAGCUAAAGUGGUCCUUCAGAUUAAGAACAGAAUAUAAUAAUAACAAUUAUUUACACCCCGCCCAUCUGGCUGGGUUUCCCCAGCCACUCUGGGCAGCUCCCAACAGAACAUUAAAAACAGAAUAAAACUUCAAACAUUUAAAACUUCCCUAAACAGGGCUGCCUUCAGACGUCUUCUACAAGUCAGAGAGAUGUUUAUUUCCUUGACAUCUGAAGGGAGGGUGCCACCACCGAGAAGGCCCUCUGCCUGGUUCCCUGCAGCCUCGCUUCUCGCAGGGAGGGAACCGCCAGGAGGCCCUCAGAGCUGGACCUCAGUGUCAGGGUUGCCAGUGAAAAUGUUCCCUUUUUUAUUGACAUAUUCAAUGUUUUUUUCCUUAGCAUACACCUAAACAUUUUGUGAAUCUAACAGGAGAAGAAACGAAAGAGAUUCAAAAUUUUUAGUUUCUUCUCUGGCACAGAGAAUUGUCGGUUGUGUUGCUACCCCCGAUUAUGGCCUUUCGUCCAUUCUCUGUAUUUAUUGCCCCCCAAUUUGAACUAUAAAAUGGUGAGUUUCUUGUGUCAAAAUGAGAGUACCCCUAAACGUUUUUUUGGGGGGGGAAAGCACUGGAUAUAUUUAUUUACAGUACUGCAUUUCUAUGCCAUAAUGAGGCACACAUUUUAUCCUUCUAGGCUGGCUCCAGGUUGAUUUUUUAUUAUCAACCUGUAUACAAAUGUAUAAUAAUAAUAAUAAUAAUAAUAAUAAUAAUAAUAAUAAUAAUAAUUGUAUACAGCCCUUCAUCCAUAGAUCCCACAGCCGUCCACAACAUAAAAUUGCAACAUAACUGAUGGAUCAAUCAAUUGCAUUUAUUAUUAUUGAUAGUCUUUUUAAAAUUUAUAUCCCGUCUUCCGGGGAGCUCAAGGUGGCGUAUGUGGCUCACCUCCUCUCUGUCUUGUUUUGGCUGCUUACGACAACCCUGUGAGGUAGGCGAGGCUGGUCCAAAAACCACCCCGGUUGCUGAAGUGGGAAUUCGAACCCUGGUCUCCUGGAGUCCCAGUCCCUCUGGGGAUUUCUCUGCCAGCAUGGUUAAUAAUAAUAAUAAUAAUAAUAAUUUAUUAUUUAUACCCCACCCAUCUGGCUGGGCUUCCCCAGCCACUCUGGGCAGCUUCCAAAAAAAUAUUAAAAUACUCUAAUACAUCAAACAUUAAAAGCUUCCCUAAAGAGGGCUGCCUUCAGAUGUCUUCUGAAAGUCUGGUAGUUGUUCUCUUUGACAUCUGGUGGGAGGGCGUUCCACAGGACGGGUGCCACCACCGAGAAGGCCCUCUGCCUGGUUCCCUGUAACUUGGCUUCUCGCAGGGAAGGAACCGCCACAAGGCCCUCGAUGCUGGACCUCAGUGUCUGGGCAGAACGAUGGGGGUGGAGACGCUCCUUCAGAUAUACUGGACCGAGGCCACUUAAGGCUUUAAAGGUCAGCACCAACACUUUGAAUUGUGCUUGGAAACGUACUGGGAGCCAACGUAGAUCGCUCAGGACCGGAGGUAUAUGGUCUCAGUGGCCGCUCCCAGUCACCAGUCUGGCUGCCGCGUUCUGGAUUAGUUGUAGUUUCCUGGUCACCUUCAAAGGUAGCCCCACGUAGAGCGCAUGGCAGUAGUCCAAGCGGGAGAUAACCAGAGCAUGCACCACUCUGGCCAGACAAUCUGUGGGCAGGGAGGGUCUCAUCCUGCAUACCAGAUGGAGCUGGUAGACAGCUGCCCUGGACACGGAUUUGACCUGUGCCUCCAUGGACAGCUGUGAGUCCAAAAUGACUCCCAGGCUGCGCACCUGGUCCUUCAGGGGCACAGUUGCCCCAUUCAGGACCAGGGAAUCCUCCACACCUGCCCGCCUCCUGUCCCCCCAAAACAGGACUUCUGUCUUGUCAGGAUUCAACCUUAAUCUGUUAGCCGCCAUCCAUCCUCCAACUGCCUCCAGGCACUCACACAGGACCUUCACCACCUUCACUGGUUCUGAUUUGAAAGAGAGAUAGAGCUGGGUAUCAUCUGCAUACUGAUGGACACCCUGUCCAAACCUCCUGAUGAUCUCUCCCAGCGGCUACAUGUAGAUGUUGAAAAGCAUGGGGGAGAGGACAGAACCCUGAGGCACCCCACAAGUGAGAGCCCAGGGGUUUGAACACUCAUCCUGGCAGAUUUGGUUUAAGAAAAGAAAACUAUUAUUUCAAAUAUUUUUCCUUUCCCCCCAGCUCUGCGGGAAACUCUCCAGCCUGGAAGAGGAUGGGAGCCUUGAGAUUCCAACCCACCCUGAAGAUGGGAGUCAGCAGGGCAACAAAGUAAGUUGGUUUUACAGUGGUGCCUUGGUUCUCAAACGCAUAGCUGUCAACUUACAGAUUUGAAAAUAAGGGACCAGCAGCCAAAAUAAGGGAUUUUCCAAGCACAGGUAUGUUCAACUUCUGAGCCCCUCCGAGCCAAAGGCAGAAAGCCCAGCCAGCAGCCAAACGAAGCCUCAAGCGGUGGUUCCCACAGCGCAGCAACCCGGCAAAGGGGACGCAGCAAGGAAAACCACCGUCACCUCUCUGCUGGGAAGCGCUGAGCAAAGGCGAGUCCCCAGGCAAGGCGGCUGAUCUGAUCGGCACAAGGCGUGCAAGCUCCACCCCCCAGUCGUUCUUAGACUCCUUAUUGGGUGAGCAACGCAGCCAAGCAACACAGCUGGAGCCUCCCUCCUCCCUGGCCGGCAGGGAGGGAGGGAGAGGAGCUGCUUCCUUUGAAACCCGGGAAAUUUAAGGGACAUCAUCAGUAAGGGACAGCAGCAGGACACAGUGCUGGGAUAAGGGGCUUUCCCGCCAAAUAAGGGACAGUUGACAGCUAUGCUCAAACGCCUUGGUUCUCCAACAACUUAGAACCCAAACACUACAAACCCAGAAAUAAGCUCUAUUACAGCUUCAUCGUUUAUUUUUGUUUCCUUAUCUCUGUACUGUGUUCUAACAUACUUACAUCCUUUUCUUUAUAUAAUAUAUUUCCUCCAUUUUUUCCCUUUUCCAUUUUGUGAAAAUUUAAUCGGGGCACAUCCAAGUACAGUGGUACCUUGGCUCUCAAACUUAAUCCAUCCCGGAAGUCCGUUCCAAAACCGAGGCAUGUUUUCCCAUAGAAAGUCUUGCAAAACGGAUUAAUCCGUUCCAGACUUUUAAAAACAACCCCUAAAACAGCAAUUGAAAAUGAACUUUACUCUCUAACGAGACCGUUGAUCCAUAAAACGAAAGCAAUAACCAAUGGACUGUACUAUAAAAUAAAUAAGACAGUAUUGUAGAUGAUGAAAAUUAAAAUUAUUAUUUUUUCUUACUUGCUCUGAUGAUAGUCAUUGUUUGGAUGGGGGGCUUUUAUCCAUUUCCACAGUCACACCAUCAAUCAAUCAAUCAAUCAAUCAGCUGAACUGGCUUCCACACAAAAACGAACGAACCGAAAAAGCCUCAAAAACGCAAAAUAAAGAGCAAAACCAAAAGCGCCAAAUACAGUGAUACCUUGGUUCUCGAACUUAAUCCGUUCCGGAAGUCCGUUUGACUUUGAAAUGUUCAAAAACCAGAACAUUUAUUUCUGGGUUUUCAGUGUUUGAGAACCAAGGUACCCCUGUAUUACUUUGGGAACCAUAUUUGCACCGAUAAUUUUUAAAACAAUCCCAUUUGUUUCUUUAAAAAAAUAUAUAUUGUUUUUUCCAAAAAAAUUAAAACAAACAUAUAAACCAACAAACAAAAAUCUCAACAGUAUUUAAACCAAACUUUGUAUCAUUGUAAAGUGACUUCCUCGUAUCCCCCCGGUUGAAUUUCAGUGUAUAACAUUUUAACGCAUUUCCAAAACCUAAAUUCUUAAAAAAUUAACCACUUAACAUCUUUCUUUCUUUCCAGUUCGGCAUUAAACAUAUUAAUUCAUCACAUUACAUAUCGAAAUCCUAAGCCUAUCUGGUAUUUGCAAGCUUUUCCCAUUAAUUUAAUUAAAUAGUCUUUAAACAUUUUUUCCGAUUCAUUCUCCAUCGUUCCCCAAUACUCUUUUACAGCUUUGACAUGAGCACCCCCUGGUGGCUACCUUUGAGACCUGCACCUGAUUCUCCCUUUUUUGCAGGUGGAGGUGGUAUUUUGGCUCCUUUCCAUGCUGGCCACCCGGGACAAGGAGGACAUGUCCCGAACCCUGCUAGCGAUGUCCAGCUCCCAGGAAAGCUGUCUGGCCAUGCGGAAGUCCGGCUGCCUGCCCCUGCUCGUCCAGAUUCUCCAUGACACGGACCGGGAGCCAGGGGCCCCUGAGAGCCCCGGAGCCGCCGGGAAGGACUGUCGCAUGCGGGCAAACGCCGCCCUCCACAACAUCGUCUUCUCGCAGCCCGACGAAGGGCAGGCCAAGAAGGAGAUGCGAGUCCUACACGUUCUGGAGCAGAUCCGCUCCUACUCGGAGACCUGCUGGGACUGGCUGAAGGCACACGGAAAGGAGGGAGCAAAGACCCCCGAGAGGGGAGCAGGUAAAACUAGUUGGGUCUUGCAAAUCCCCUUCUCGCUCUCUAGGUAAAGGUCAUUUUUACUAAGUACAGCCAAGGGAUGCAGCUGGCGCUGUGGGUUAAACCACAGAGCCUAGGGCUUGCCGAUCAGAAGGUCGGCGGUUCGAAUCCCCGCAAUGACGGGGUGAGCUCCUGUUGCUCGGUCCCUGCUCCUGCCAACCUAGCAGUUCGAAAGCACGUCAAAGUGCAAGUAGAUAAAUAGGUACCGCUCCGGCAGGAAGGUAAACGGCGUUUCCGUGCGCUGCUCUGGUUUGCCAGAAGUGGCUUAGUCCUGCUGGCCACAUGACCCGGAAGCUGGACGCCGGCUCCCUCGGACAGUAAAGCAAGAUGAGCGCCGCAACCCCAGAGUCGGCCACGACUGGACCUAAUGGUCAGGGGUCCCUUUACCUUUACCUAAGUCCAGCCAAAGGUGACUACGGGGUUGCGGUGCUCAUCUCGCUUCCAGGCCGGUUGUCCGCAGACAGCUUUCCGGGUCACGUGGCCAGCAGGACUAAACCGCUUCUGGCGCAUGACGGAAACCAGAGCGCAUGGAAACGCCGUUCACCUUCCCGCCAAAGCGGUACCUAUUUAUCUACUUGCGCUGGUGUGCUUUCGAACUGCUAGGUUGGCAGGAGCUGGGACGGUGCAAUGGGAGCUCACUCCGUCGCGGGGAUUCGAACCACCGACCUUCUGAUCGGCAAGCCCAAGAGGCUCAGUGGUUUAGACCACUGUGCUCAUCAGGGGACACCCGCCGGCCCGAGCUCUAUAGCGCCACCAUGGCAGCAGGCCAGAAAGGGUACUGCACAGAGGUUACUUCCAGGGGCCUGAAGUUCCUGUGCAGAUUGUAUUUUUGCUCAUAAAGAGUUCGUCCUGGAGAGCUUCUGCCGGCCUGUGACUUAGGCGGAGUGGCUGUUUGUCUCCGUAGAAAGCGGCUUCCCUUUAACAGCAAGGACUGGAAUCUUACUUGAUCUUUAGAGAGGAUGUAGCUUAGGGGGACGCGGGUGGCGCUGUGGGUUAAACCACAGAGCCUAGGACUUGCUGAUCAGAAGGUCGGUGGUUCGAAUCCCCGCGACGUGGUGAGCUCCCGUUGCUCGGUCCCUGCUCCUGCCCACCUAGCAGUUCAAAAGCAGUUCAAAAGUAGAUAAAUAGGUACCGCUCCGGCCGGAAGGUAAACGGUGUUUCCGUGCACUGCUCUGGUUCGCCAGAAGCAGCUUAGUCCUGCUGGCCACAUGACCUGGAAGCUGUACGCCGGCUCCCUCGGCCAAUAAAGCGAGAUGAGCGCCGCAACCCCAGAGUUGGCCACGACUGGACCUAACGGUCAGCGGUCCCUUUACCCUUUACCUUUAGCUUAGGGGGAGAGCAUCUGCUUGGUGUGCAAGAAGGUUCAGGAGAGCAUCUUCUGCCCUAAACCCUGGAGGGCCUCUGCCAGUCAGUUCUGAACGACAUGGCCUGACUCUGCUCCAUAAGCAAUCCCUAGGUCCCUUCAACUGGGUCUCAAGGCAGAGUCCACCACUGAGAGAGGUUAACUUUUGCAGAGUUGCCCUUCUGAGCUCAACUAUCUAUAAAUACAUCUCAUAUCCAUUUUUUUAAAAAAUCACUUUUCUUGAUUUUCCAAUAAAAACAACCAACCAACAUAUCCACAAUUAAAAACAAUAAACUAAAAUUUUUAAACACGACUAAAUAACAGUCCGAAUUGUUAAUUAUUAAUUUUUCCGGGCUCCCCAUAGUCUGGACCUCUGAAGAAUAUCUCCAGUAUCAUCAUCUUGCCUCUUCUCGUUGUUUUCAUAUUUUCCGCAUUUCUCAACGCUUUGUCAUAUAUGUUUAUCUUGGCAGGGCCCGUCCCUAUCGAGCCGCAAAUCUGCCAAGCCACGUGUGCUAUCAUGAAACUCUCCUUCGACGAAGACUAUCGCCGGGCGAUGAACGAGUUAGGUAAGUGGAAAUUAAGUUUCUAUCGUUCUCCUUCCCUCCCACAAAAUAUGACGCCGUAGAAUCCCUUGUCUGUGACUGUUGUUGUUGUUUAGUCGUUUAGUCGUGUCCGACUCUUCGUGACCCCCUGGACCAGAGCACGCCAGGCACUCCUGUCUUCCACUGCCUCCCGCAGUUUGGUCAGACUCAUGUUUGUAGCUUCGAGAACACUGUCCCACCAUCUCGUCUUCUGUCGUCCCCUUCUCCUUGUGCCCUCCAUCUUUCCCAGCAUCAGGGUCUUUUCCAGGGAGUCUUCUCUUCUCCUGAGGUGGCCAAAGUCUUGGAGCCUCAGCUUCAGGAUCUGUCCUUCCAGUGAGCACUCAGGGCUGAUUUCCUUCCAAAUGGAGAGGUUGGAUCUUCUUGCAGUCCAUGGGACCCUCAAGAGUCUCCUCCAGCACCAGAAUUCAAAAGCAUCCAUUCUUCGGCCAUCAGCCUUCUUUAUGGUCCAGCUCUCACUUCCAUACAUAACUCCUGGGAAAACCAUAGCUUUAACUAGAUGGACCUUUGUCAGCAAGGUGAUGUCUCUGCUUUUUAAGAUGCUGUCUAGGUUUGUCAUCGCUUUUCGCCCAAGAAGCAGGCGUCUUUUAAUUUCGUAGCUGCUGUCACCAUCUGCAGUGAUCAUGGAGCCCAAGAAAGUCAAAUCUCUCACUGCCUCCAUUUCUUCCCCUUCUAUUUGCCAGGAGGUGAUGGGACCAGUGGCCAUGAUCUUCAUUUAUUUGAUGUUGAGCUUCAAACGAUAUUUUGCGCUCUCCUCUUUCACCCUCAUUAAAAGAUUCUUUAAUUCCUCCUCACUUUCUGCCAUCAAGGUUGUGUCAUCUGCAUAUCUGAGUUUGUGUCUGUGACUAUCUAGCCAUAAUUACUUUCUGCAUAAAAUAAAUAAAAUGUGGCCGAUAUCUUCCCCGUCCUGCUUGUCUCUCGCUCUCUGUCCCCUCUCCCUGCUUUUCUCGGAUUCCUGCCUUGUCAGGGGUUGAGCUAGAUGCCCUUUGGGGUUCCCUUCACUCUACAAUUCCACAGCUCUGUUCUUCUUUUUUUAAAAAAAAAAAAAAAUAUUUAUGCUUUUCAGGUUUAUACCUUUCGCUAAUUUUACAGUCAUUCUACCAUUUCCAACCUUGACUUCCUUCCCCCUCUUCCCGCGCUGUUCCUUAAAUUCAUUUUUAAUAUCUUCUGCAUAUCCAAAUUAACUUAAUUUGCUCGUUUAUUCAUCUAAAUAUAUACCCUUAUAAAACUGCGGGUCAUUACAAUAACCCGGCCAAUGUUCUUAUCUGCUUACAAUUUAUCUCUAAAUAUUCAACAGAACAUUUCCAUUCUUUUAUUUUUUAAAAAGUUUAUCUUGAUUUCUUAUUCUUCUGGUAAGUUUCACGAAUUUCUGCGUAGCCCUAAGCUAGGUUUCUGUAUCCGUUCUUCCUUUGCUGGGACUUGCUUCUGGUUUCCAUUUUUGGGGGAGUAACAUUCUUGCACGUUCGCAACCUGCAGUGGUGCCGGUUGCGAUUUGGUCUUCUGUGCAUGCGCAAAGCGCAAUUUAGCACUUCUGCGCAUACGCGACCGCCGAAACCCGGAAGUAACCCGUUCCAGUACUUCCGGGUUUCGACGGUCCGAAACCCGAAAAAACGCAACCUGAAGCAUCUGUAACCUGAGGUAUGACUGUAUAUUACUGAAAUAUACUCGGAGUCGAGAGUGGAUUUCAUGCUCUUUAUUCAGCUCAUAGUGGUGAGGAGGAAUGGAAGUUCCCCCACAAUAUCUACUUUAUGUACACUAUUUACACAAUGGGCUGCAUGUGAUUGGCUAAUUCCGGGAUUCUCCUGUAGGCCAAUCAGGUUGUGGAUUCACUUCCACCUGGAGCUGGAUUGGGUGGCUCCUGCGGACCAAUCAGACUGCUGCAUUGUUCUAGGACCAAUCAAACUGCUGCAUUCUGAAUCCUAUUGUUCUAGGACCAAUCAGACUGCUGCACUCUGUAUCCUAUUGUUCUAGGACCAAUCAGACUGCUGCAUUCUGGAUCCUAUUGUUCUAGGACCAAUCAGACUGCUGCAUUCUGGAUCCUAUUGUUUUAGGACCAAUCAGACUGCUGCAUUCUGGAUCCUAUUGUUCUAGGACCAAUCAGACUGCUGCAUUCUGAAUCCUAUUGUUCUAGGACCAAUCAGACGGCUGCAUUCUGGAUCCUAUUGUUCUAGGACCAAUCAGACGGCUGCAUUCUGGAUCCUAUUGUUCUAGGACCAAUCAGAUGGCUGCAUUCUGGAUCCUAUUGUUCUAGGACCAAUCAGACUGCUGCAUUCUGGAUCCUAUUGUUUUAGGACCAAUCAGACUGCUGCAUUUUGGAUCCUAUUCAACUCAGUACAUAACAAUUACAAAAUGGAAAACAAAUAAAAAUGGCAUUAAGAGAGAGAGAAAGAGAUGCUCUUUAAUACGUCUGGGGUCAAACACAGAAGCCUCCCUUUCCUUCUUCCUAGGCGGUUUGCAGGCCGUUGCCGAACUGUUGCACGUGGACUACGAAAUGCACCGAAUGACCAGCGAUCCCCUCAAUCUGGCCCUGCGGCGUUACACCGGCAUGGCUCUGACGAACCUCACGUUUGGGGACGUUGUCAACAAGGUACUGUGGGGGGUGGGAAUGCGCUUCGGCUGAGAUUUUGGCAUCGCUUGGCCCACGGAAUCCCAAAGCGGAGAAACGUCUGAGGCUUGAAGGCACUAAAAGAAAGUACCGUAUUUUUCGCUCUAUAAGACGCACCGGACCAUAGGAGCGGGAGAACGGGGGGCGGGAAUUCUCCCCCUCUCUGCUCAGCGCCCCUUCAGCGAAGCCCCUUCCAUUUCUCCUUCCGCUUCGCUGAAGGGGCGCUGCACAGAGAGGGAAAACUGUGCAGUGCCUCUCCAGCGAAGCGAAGCCUAGAGACCAAUAGGUAACUUUCUGUGUUUCCGCUUAAUAAGUAACUUUGUGUUUCCGCUUUAGGGUCUCUUUGCUUUGAUCUAUUUACAAUACAAGGAAGGCAGACUUCCUGGUUGUACCUUCCCCGCUCCGUACCAAAUUAGACUUUUUCUUUUAGGUCCAAUUUAAUCCUACUCACGGGUAGUUGUUUUCAAAGUCCGAUUAUCCCAGGAAAAAGGCAGCGCUCUCCGGUAACAGCUUCGCGGCUUCGCUCCACGGAAGAAGCAAUUUGCUCACAGCACCACGCCACCCCCGCUCCACUCCGGAGCCCGUUGCCGAGCUCCUUUAACAGUUGGGGGGGCGCAAACGGUGCCCGCUGAGUCCCACGGUCACAGGCUUCACCCGCCUGUGAUUUUUUUUGGGGUCCCCGCUGCGCCGUAGCGGCAGGACCCAGAUUCCGUAGAGCCGGUUCCCUCCAAGUUAGAGAGAAGCGGCCAUUACCGAUGGCGCCACCCCGGAAGUCCCCGGUGUGCACUGACCCCUCUUGCUCUCCAGGCUUCAGACGGCUAUCCGCAAGCCUUCGGAGCGCAGCGGGAACUCCAGGGGCUUCAGCGAAAGCAAUGCGAAGCCUCCGGAGCGUGGGGGGAGCGCUCCCUCUGUACUUCGGAGGCUUCGCGUUGCUAUCGCUGAAGCCAAGGAGCCUGCAUUCGCUCUAUAGGACACACACACAUUUCCCCUUCAUUUUUGGAGGGGGAAAAGUGUGUCCUAUAGAGUGAAAAAUACAGUAACAUGCGGGGGAAAGUCCAGGCACCUGCAACCGGUUCAGGGGGAAGGCUGAGUGCGAGCAAAGCAUCUAUAGGGGUUCCGUGGAGCAGCACCGGAGCUGUAGGUCCCUAUCGGACUUUGAAAACAUAACAAUCAUCAUAAUGUAUUCUUUAUACCCCCCGUCCAUCUGCCUGGACCUCCCCAGCCACUCUGGGCGGCUCCCAAAAGAAUAUUAAAAACACGAUAAAAUGUCAAACGUUAAAAACUUCCCUAAACAGGGCUGCCUUCAGAUGUCUUCUGAAAGUCUGGUAGUUGUUGUUCUCUUUGACAUCUGGUGGGAGGGCGUUCCACAGGGCAGGCGCCACCACCAAGAAGGCCCUCUGCCCGGUUCCCUGUAACUUGGCUUCUCGCAGUGAGGGAACCACCAGAAGACCCUCAGAGCUGGACCUCAGUGUCUGGGCUGAACGGUGGGGGUGGAGACGCUCCUUCAGGGAUACUGGGCCAUUUAGGGCUUUCAAGGUCAGCACCAACACCUUGAAUUGUGCUCGGAAACGUCCUGGGAGCCAACGUAGAUCUUUCAGGACCGGUGUUAUGUGGUCUCAGCGGCCGCUCCCAGUCCGCAGUCUAGCUGCCACAUUCUGGAUUAGUUGUAUUUUCCAGGUCACCUUCAAAGGUAGCCCCAUGUAGAGCGCAUGGCUGUAGUCCAAGCGGGAGAUAACCAGAGCAUGCACCACUCUGGUGAGACAAUGCACAGGCAGGCAGGGUCUCAUCCUGCGUACCAGAUGGAGCUGGUAAACAGCUGCCCUGGACACAGAAUGGACCUGCGCCUCCAUGGACAGCUGUGAGUCCAGAAUGACCGAGAGUCCCAUAUGGCCUCGGCGGCUGCUCCCAGUCCCCAGUCUAGCUGCCGCAUUGUGGAUUAGUUGUAUUUUCCAGGUCACCUUCAAAGGUAGCCCCAUGUAGAGCGCAUGGCAGUAGUCCAAGCGGGAGAUAACCAGAGCAUGCACCACUCUGGUGAGACAAUGCACAGGCAGGCAGGGUCUCAUCCUGCGUACCAGAUGGAGCUGGUAAACAGCUGCCCUGGACACAGAAUGGACCUGCGCCUCCAUGGACAGCUGUGAGUCCAGAAUGACCGAGAGUCCCAUAUGGCCUCGGCGGCUGCUCCCAGUCCCCAGUCUAGCUGCCGCAUUGUGGAUUAGUUGUAGUUUCUGGGAUACCUUCAAAGGCAGCCCCACGGAGAGCGCAUGGCAGUAGUCCAAGCAGGAGAUAACCAGAGCAUGCACCACUCUGGAGAGACAGUCUGUGGGCAGGGAGGGUCUCAUCCUGCAUACCAGAUUAACCGUCACUGUUUUGAAUUUAUGAUUUUCUGCAGUCAGUCCAGCAAACCACUGAACGUUGCUUUCUUAUAUGUGGGGUAGGGGAGCACUGGGGAUGAGUUUGUGGAAGCAAAGGGGAGCACCCCAAAAAAUGCUGGGGAGACACCAGUCCAGUGUUUAUGGGCGCAUUGCGCUUUGGAGGCGAAAUGCAGAAAUGAGGAGCAUUUGAAGGCAAAGGGGCGAGCUGGUUUUGAAGGGGGACCACAGCAGUUUCUCAGAUGAUGACCCUUCUCCCCACCUCUCCUCCCUCGUUUCUCAUUUCCCCCCACCCAGGCGACGUUGUGCUCGCGGCAGAGAUGUAUGCAGGCCAUUGUGGCGCAGUUGGCGUCUGAAAGCGAAGAGCUCCACCAGGUAAGGAUAGGUCAAAGGCGGGGGGGGGAGGGUGUGAGCUGCGUCUGCCCACAGCAAGCUUCCCGAGCCGACUUCCACACAGUUCUGUGCAGACUUCCACAGCAGACUUCCACACGCUUCCACAAAAGACUUCCACACGUCCUCAGACUUCGGAAGAAGACUUCCACACUCCCGUAGACUUCCACAUACUUCCACACACUUUGGCAGAAGACUUCCACAUACUUCCACACACUUUGGCAGAAGACUUCCACAUACUUCCACACACUUUGGCAGAAGCCUCCCACAUACUUCCACACACUUUGGCAGAAGACUUCCACAUACUUUGGCAGAAGACUUCUACAUACUUCCACACACUUUGGUAGAAGACGUCCACAUACUUCCACACACUUUGGCAGAAGACUUCCACAUACUUCCACACACUUUGGCAGAAGACUUCCACAUACUUCCACACACUUUGGCAGAAGACUUCCACAUACUUCCACACACUUUGGCAGAAGACUUCCACAUACUUCCACACACUUUGGCAGAAGACUUCCACAUACUUCCACACACUUUGGCAGAAGACUUCCACAUACUUCCACACACUUUGGCAGAAGACUUCCACAUACUUCCACACACUUCCACAAAAGACUUCCACACUUCCUCAGACUUCGGAAGAAGACUUCCACACUUCCGCAGCAGACUUCCACACACUUCCUCACCAACCUGGCACCCCUCUCCAGAUGCAUUGGGCCGAUGUGCAGGGUUGUCACAAUGAGGAAUGAGUGUAUCCAUCCAUUUCACUUCCUCUCCAUUUUUGUCCCCUCCCCCCUCUACUCACCUUCAGUUAAGUUCUCCACAUUCCCACAUUGGUUUGUAAAAAUUACCAAAAAAAAAAUGGAGGGGGGCAGACACCUGUGGACAUUUGUAGACAUUUUAGCAUGUAUUUCCCCCGAUUUAUAUUAUUUAUUUAUCGCACAAGAUUUCUAUGUCGCCCAGAUGCAAAGGCAAAACGACGACACAAAGAAUAAAGCGGUAAAAUUAUCAGCAAAAAAACCCAACUGAAAACCACCACUGAAAACCUUUUUUUAAAUAAAAAAAAAUGGUAACCUAAAAACCAAAUUAAAACACAUUCUAUAUAACUGGAUAGGCUUCUCCGAAUGAAGAUGUUUUAGCAGGCACCGAAAAGAGCGCAGGGAAGCCUGCUGUCCAUUGGCAGGGAGUUCCAUAGUUUAGUCCUGGAUCAGCAAAUCCCUCUGAGUUUAGCCAAGUCACACGCACACACAGCAGCCUUCUAAAGCCGCUGGCUACCGUCAUUUGAACUCUGUGCUCUUCCGAGAUCAGUAAUCAGCUUCCCUCCGGAUCCUCUUCUUCUUCCUCCUCUCAGGUGGUCUCCAGCAUCCUCCGCAACCUCUCCUGGCGGGCCGACAUGAAUAGCAAGAAGGUGUUGAGGGAAGUUGGCAGUGUCACGGGUCUGAUGCAGUGUGCCCUGCGGGCCAACAAGGUGAGCCGGGGAGCAGCUAAUAAUUAUUAUUAUUUAUACCCCACCCAUCUGGCUGGGUUUCCCCAGCCACUCUGGGCUGCUUCCGACAGGAUAAUUAAAAACACAGUAAAAGAUCAAACAUUAAAAGCUUCCCCAAACAGGACUGCCUUCAGAUGUCUUCUAAAAGUCAGACAGUUGUUUAUUUCCUUGACAUCUGAAGGGAGGGUGCCACCACCGAGAAGGCCCUCUGCCUGGUUCCCUGUAACCUCGCUUCUCGCAGGGAGGGAACCGCCAGAAGGCCUUCGGAGCUGGACCCCGGUGUCCGGGGCGGAGACGCUCCUUCAGGUCUACUGGGCCGUUUAGGGCUUUCAAGGUCAGCACCAACACUUUGAAUUGUGCUCAGAAACAUCCUGGGAGCCAAUGUAGGUCUUUCAGGACUGGUGUUAUGUGGUCUCAGCAGUCCGUUGCUUGCCCAUGGUGGAAGCUCGUUGGGGCAAAUGUGGCAAUGGCCUUCCACUCUCUCGGACAACCUGCAGCCAAUCGGAAGCCGCGCUUUGGUUUCCGAACGUUUUGGAAGACGAACGGACUUCGAGAACGGAUUCUGUCCGACUUCCGAGGUUACCACUCCAAAGGUCUCAGGGCGGUUCACAGCUCCCAAGAUCCUCUGGGAGAGAAGCCCACAGUUGAUUUAAAGCGGUCUCAUAGUGCUCCAAGGGACACGGGUGGCGCUGUGGGUUAAACCACAGAGCCUGGGACUUGCCGAUCAGAAGGUCGGCGGUUCGAAUCCCCACAAUGACGGGUGAGCUCCCGUUGCUCGGUCCCUGCUCCUGCCAACCUAGCAGUUCGAAAACACCUCAAAGUGCAAGUAGAUAAAUAGGUACCGCUCCGGCGGGAAGGUAAACAGCGUUUCUGUGCGCUGCUCUGGUUUGCCAGAAGCGGCUUAGUCCUGCUGGCCACAUGACCCGGAAGCUGAAUGCCGGCUCCCUCGGCCAAUAAAGCGAGAUGAGCGCCGCAACCCCAGAGUCGGCCACGACUGGACCUAAUGGUCAGGGGUCCCUUUACCUUUACCAUAGUACUCCAAACGCCUGGGGCAAACACAUAACAGGACGGAUUCGAAACCUGUGGGACCAGAGAUUCUUAGGAGACUGGAGUAAACAUUUGAACUAUCUAAAAAGCAAUUGUAAUAAACAGAUUACGCUAGCAGGACUGCAAGAAGUUCUGUAAGGAGGAUUAUGUGAAAUAUUGCAAGGAAGAUUAGGAAGAGAAUUAUUAGUUAAUGAUAAUUAGAAGUACAGUGGUACCUCUGGUUGCGAACAGGAUCCGUUCCGGAGCCCCGUUCGCAACAUGAGCAGAACGCAACCCGCGUCAGCGCUGGUCGCGAUUCGUCGCUUCUGUGCAUGCGCGUGACGUCAUUUGAGCGUCUGCACAUGCGGUGAAACCCGGAAGUAACCCGUUCCGUUACUUCUGGGUCGCCGCGGGACGUAUCCUGAAAGAACAUAACCUGAACCGAACGUAACAAGAGGUAUGACUGUAAUAGAGAAAUUAAGAAAUGUGGAAUAAGUGAUAAAGAAUGGAAAAUCUUCAGCGGUUGUUGAUGGAAGUCCAAAAUAUUGUAUAAGAUAAGAAUUUAUGUUAAAUGAUUGUUGGAAGUGAUAUGUUAAAAAAAUCAAUAAAAAUGUAAAACAUAAAAAAAGAAUUAAAAGGCACAAAAUAAUAAUACAGUGGUACCUCGGGUUAAGUACUUAAUUCGUUCCAGAGGUCCGUACUUAACCUGAAACUGUUCUUAACCUGAAGCCCCACUUUAGCUAAUGGGGCCUCCCGCCGCCGGAGCACGAUUUCUGUUUUCAUCCUGAAGCAAAGCACUAUUUCUGGGUUAGCGGAGUCUGUAACCUGAAGCGUAUGUAACCUGAAGCGUAUGUAACCUGAGGUACCACUGUAAUAAAAACGCCAGGGGCGAACAUGGCUUCAUUGCCUCUGUCUCUCUGCUGUUCUGUGCUAGGAAUCUACCCUAAAAAGCAUCCUCAGCGCCCUGUGGAAUCUCUCAGCUCACAGUACGGAGAACAAAGCCGCCAUCUGUCUGGUGGAUGGGGCCCUUGGCUUCCUGGUCAGCACUCUCACCUAUAAAUGCCAAAGCAACUCACUGGCCAUCAUUGAGAGCGGAGGAGGGAUCCUAAGGAAUGUCUCCAGCCUCGUGGCUACCAAGGAAGAUUACAGGUCAGUGACUCUCUCCCUCUGUUUCUCGGCCGCCACUGGGCGCAUCUCCCUCCCUCUGUUCGACUUCCGAAACGUUCGAAAACCAAGGCGCAGCUUCUGAUUGGCGCCGGCACCCCGGAAACAAUAGCCGACAGCUGACUCGGACGUUCGGCUUCUGAAAAUGUUCAAAAACCAGAACACUCACUUCCAGGUUUGGGACACAAGGCGUUUGAGUACAGUGGUACCUUGGUUCUCAAACGCUGAAAACCUUGGAAGUAAGUGUUCCAGGUUUUGGACAUUUUUCGGAAGCCGAACUUCCGAUGCAACUGUCGGCUAUUGUUUCCGGGGCACCUGCACCAAUCAGAAGCUGUGCUUCUGUGCAGCUAAGAAAAAAGUUUGAUUUUAAUUUUUAUCAUCUACAAUGCUGUCUUGUUUAUUUUAUAGUACAGUACAUUGUACAGCGGGUAGCGCUGUGGGUUAAAACACAGAGCCUAGGAAUUGCCGAUCAGAAGGUCGGCGGUUCGAAUCCCCGCAAUGACGGGGUGAGCUCCCGUUGCUCGGUCCCUGCUCCUGCCCACCUAGCAGUUCGAAAGCACAUCCAAGUGCAAUUAGAUAAAUAGGUACCGCUCUGGCGGGAAGGGAAACAGCAUUUCCAUGCGCUGCUCUGGUUUGCCAGAAGUGGCUUAGUCCUGCUGGCCACAUGACCCGGAAGCUGUACACCGGCUCCCUCGGCCAAUAAAGCGAGAUGAGCGCCGCAACCCCAGAGUCGGCCAUGACUGGACCUAAUGGUCAGGGGUCCCUUUACCUUUACAUUGUUUGUCGCUUUCAUUUUAUGGAUCAACGGUCUCAUUAGAGAGCAAAACUCACAUUAAAUUGCUGUUUUAGGGGUUGUUUUUAAAAGUCCGGAACGGAUUAAUCCGUUUUGCAUUGCUUUCUAUGGGAAAGCGCGCCUUGGUUUUGGAACGCUUUGGUUUUGGAACGGAUUAAGUUUGAGAACCAAGGCACCACUGUUCAGCGAAACGCAGGUCCAUGCCACUGUUGUUGUUUUUAAUUUAUUCCCCACCCGACUGUCUUCCAGACAAGUCCUGAGAGACCACAGCUGCCUGCAGACCCUCUUGCAGCACCUCAAGUCGCACAGCCUGACCAUCGUCAGCAACGCCUGCGGCACCCUCUGGAACCUCUCGGCCCGCAGCCCCAAAGACCAGGAGCUCCUGUGGGACCUGGGCGCAGUCAGCAUGCUCCGAAACCUCGUGCACUCCAAGCACAAGAUGAUCGCCAUGGGCAGCGCAGCGGCCUUGCGGAACCUCCUGGCCAACCGCCCCCCGAAAUACAAAGAUGCCGUGGUCAUCUCGCCGGGGUCCUGUAUGCCGUCGCUUUAUAUGAGGAAGCAGAAGGCGCUGGAGGCCGAACUGGACACGAAACACCUGGCCGAGGCCUUUGACAGCUUGGAGAAGCAGACUUUGAAGGCACAGAGUGCCAAAAAGCCCAUAAGGCACAUAGAGAGUUUGGUGAAAGACUACGCCUCCGAUUCGGGGUGCUUUGACGACGACGAGGGCCCCAACGCGUCCGAAACAGGGAACGCCUCUGUCCUCUCCAUGUUCCUGAACUCCUCCUUCCUCCAAGGGCAGGCGUUGCCACGAACCGGUGCUCCACGGAGGUGCCCCGAGCCCGAAAAGGAUGGGAGCCGUCCGGCGGAAGCUGCCCAGGUGGCCCCUUCGCUGCUCCGUCCGGACGAGGACGUCUCUGCGGCGGCCGAGAAGCUGGCCAACAAAAUCUCCACCGCCGUGGCCAAGAUCGACAAGCUGGUGGAGGACAUCUCCGUCCUGCACACGUCGUCGGACGACAGCUUCAGCCUCAGCUCUGAAGACCACUGCUUGGAUUGGCAGCUGGGGCUGGAGGAGGUGCACGAGGCCCGUGCGCAGUCGUGCUCGCCGUGCCGGCUGUCGGACGCCAGCGGCUUUGCCAAGCGGGAAGGCCUGUGCCGCGCCCACACCCUCCUGCGGCUGAAGACGGCCUACACCAGCCUCUCCAAUGACAGCCUCAACAGCGGGAGCACCAGCGACGGUUACUGCACCAAGGAGCACAUGAAGCCGUGCACCGGAACAUCCUUCUUGGAUUUUAAAGAUGAACUGCAUCGCUACCAGAAGCGGCCCAGCCGCCUGGACCUGAAAAACAUCUUGAGCAACAGGCCAGAGAAGGCGGAGGUGCCAGGAAAGAAACGUCACGGGACAGGAGAGGCGGCAGAAAAGCCAGAAAACCUCGGGAAGAUCCCGAAAGCUGACGCCGCUGUUGCCGAGAAGGAGCCAGAACCCCAGACAAAAGUUCUAAGCAAUGAGCUAAACGCAGACCCCAAAGUCCAGACGAUUAAGCUCUCGCCGUCCUACCAACAUGUCCCCCUGGUGGAGAGCAUUGGGGACGGUAGCUCAGUGCCCGAAACGGCCGGGCCGCAGGGAGCCGGUCCCUUCUACCCCAGCUUGUCGCUGAAGUCGAUCGAAAACCUGAGCAAGAUUCCUGAGAAGCUGCCCGCUCGGCCCCCGGCCCCCGCGGCGCAAGAGCAGCUGCAGAAGUACUCGGUGGAAGACACGCCGAUCUGCUUCUCUCGUUGCAGCUCGUUGUCUUCGCUUUCCUCGGCCGACAACGUCCUGGACGGGCAGAGCCACAGCGAGAACGAGACGGACAGCGACUCCUCGCUGGAGAUCAUCGAGGUGGAAGAGGUGGCCGAGAUGGAGGAGGCGCGGAAGGGAGGGCAAGCGGAGCCUGCCCCGGCCGCCUCGCAGCCCAUCGCCAUCCCUUUCCCCAAGAAGGAGAAGGUCUUCCUCCGCGGAGCUUCGCCCUGCCGGCCGGAGGACUUGACGCCGUCCAGCUCCUCGGAGAACUACAUACAGGAGACGCCGCUGGUGAUGAGCCGCUGCAGUUCGGUUAGUUCACUGGGCAGCUUCGAGAGUCCGUCCAUCGCCAGUUCCAUCCAAAGCGAGCCCUGCAGCGAGAUGAUCAGUGGCACCAUCAGUCCCAGCGAGCUGCCCGAUAGUCCCGGGCAGACCAUGCCCCCCAGCCGCAGCAAAACACCCCUGUUCGAGCUCAGCGGUCAGCCGGAGAAGGAGGCAAGCCAGUUCAACAUCCAGUGGGAGAACAACGUCAAGAAGUUCAUGGAGAUCACGGACUUCAAGGAGCGGUUCCAGGUGCCCCAAGACCUCGACUCCAUGGUCUACUUCACCGUGGAGAAGCCCAACGAGAACUUCUCCUGCGCCUCCAGCUUGAGCGCUCUUCCUCUCCACGAACACUAUGUACAGAAGGACGUGGAGUUGAAGUUGAUGCCCCCUUUCCCCGACAGGAGCGGCGGCCUGGGCUUCGCGGCACACGAGGAAGAGAGGGCCGCCGAGAGCCAGAGGAAGCCAGAGCGCCUUGAGCUGACCUCUGACGAAGACAUCGAGAUCUUGAAGGAGUGCAUCAAUUCGGCCAUGCCGUCCCGCUUCCGGAAAGUGCGGACGUCUCUCGUCUCCGGGUUUCCGGGCCAGGUUCUGAACCCUCAAACCAAGAAGCCAGUGCACGUCCCAGUUUAUAUGCUGGUCCCCGCCAGUUCUCACCUUGGUCUCCCCAAGCACAGGCGUUCGGCGGCCGCCACGAGGCCCAGCAAAGACUACAUCGGCGAUGAGGAUUCCUUCACCGACUCGGCUGAAGGGACUCCGGUCAACUUCUCCAGCGCGGCUUCCCUGAGCGACGAGACGCUCCAGUACCCGACGAAGGAGGAGGCGGACUUGAGGCAGUGCUCCGGGAGGAGGAGGGAAGCUCUGGGCCCACGUGGAUUAGGCCUCAAGAUGGAGGCGGCCCAGGGUGAGGUGGGAGGCUUCCGGGCCGGAAGGAUAACCUCCAGCCAUUCCACGCCAACCCGGGUGGCGUCCGCGUACAAGCACAACACGGGCUCAAGCCACACCAGCCCGCUCCGCACAGGCCGGGCCCAGUCGGCCGAGUCCAAGCGAGGACACGUCCCCCUCAGAAACCUGGAGUUGACGCUCGUGAGGCAGGGCAGCCUGAGGGCCAGCUCGGAAGGCAGCCGUUCCAGGAAAGACGCCCCUCAGGAGAACGGCAGCAGCGACAUGGUCUUCCAGUCGCUCUGCCACACCACGCCGACUGAAGAGGCGGUCUAUUGCUUCUACGAGAACGACUCAGACGACUUGGCGGAACUCGGGGUGAGACGUUCGCCCAGGAGGAAGGCCGGAGCGCCCGGCAAAGGCCAAAGAAAGGAAGCUUGGGUCAAGAAAGAGGCCGAGUUUGCUUCCAGGCAGCCGCCGCCGAAAACCAAGAUGGCUGCCAAGCUGCGCAGCAACCUCAUUGCGGACGAGACACCCCCAUGCUAUUCCCUCAGCUCCUCUCUGAGUUCCCUGAGUGACGUGGAGCUGUGCCACGCAGACGGGAGGGGGCAGCUGUACGGCCGAGCCAAGCUGGCCUUGAGCCGGCGGCAGGAGAUGCGGGCAGCGCUGUCCAAGCGGAGGGGCAGCUCGGGGAGCUCCCUCAGCUGUGACUCGGACGACAACCUGCUACCCAAGGGGGUCGGGUCGGCCGCGGCCAAGAGGAGGAGGCACUCGGGGAAAAGGAAGCAGGGCGAGAAGGAGAGGAAGGGGAGGAAGCCCCAUGAGCGGAAGCCAGAGGCCACACCGGACGAAGCCGCCUCAGACCUGGACAGUGUCGACUGGAAGGCGAUCCAGGAAGGAGCCAACUCCAUUGUCACCUGGCUGCACCAGGCGGCCUCCUCCUUUGCCCGCGACCCGUCCUCUGAAUCGGACUCCAUUCUCUCUUUCAUGUCCGGCCUGUCAUCGGGAUCCACGCUGCAGCUGUCUCUGGAGAGGAAGGAGAAGAAGGCAGGCAGGAAGGUCCCCGGCCGUCACGUGGAGAAGAAAGACCUUCCGAGGGCGUUCCAGGGUGGCAAGAAGGUCGCCACAGGAGGUCCCAGGGCCCAGAACAGUCGGGCGGAGAAGAACGUUCAGCAGAAGCCGCUCACAAACUUGCCGGUGGUCUUCCGAGGCCGUACGGUGAUCUAUAUGCCAAACGUGGCGAAGGACUCGCCGGCACAGAGCCCCAGAGCCGCCCCGAAGAAGGCAGGACCCCCAGCGAAGCAGGAAGCGCCUGUGAAGAACCUCAGCCUGAACCAGCAGAGGUCUCGGAGCCUCCACAGGCCAGGGAAGAUCUCGGAGAUGGUGGACCUCACCUUGCCGAAACGCAGCGCGACUCCACCGGCCCGGAUGACGAAAGCCCCUUCCUCAGGGUCGUCCCGGACGUCCACGCCGUCUCAGCCCAACCAGAAGAAGCUGACGUCCCCUUCGCAGCCGCCCGGCCGGCAGAUACCGACUCGGGAAGCUGGGAAGGCAAACGGCAACGCCACAUCUCCCGGCCAGAAUCCCAAGCCGGUGCAGAAGUCUCCUGUCCCCAAGCAACACAAGACCCAGAAGUCUCCCGUCCGUAUCCCCUUCAUGCAGAAGCCGAUGAAGAAAACGCUGCCGGCCCGGAACGCCAUGCCUACUUUGGAGGAGCAGGUGGGGAGAGGCAGAGGGACAAGGCCGCAGACCGGCGGGAAGCCCACCCUGCAAAGCAGCCACCUCAAUCUGGUCCGCAUGUCCUCCGCGAGGUCCGCCGCCAGCGAGUCAGACCGCUCCGGCUUCCUGAGGCAACUGACGUUCAUCAAGGAGUCGUCCGGCCUGCUCAUGAGGCACCGGGCCGAGCUUUCGUCGCCACAGCCAAACUCGACGCUCUCCCCGGCCGCUUCACCUCGGAGGGGCCGCCCCGGCCUGCCGCCCGUCUUCCUCUGCUCCUCCCGGUGCGACGAGCUCAAGGCGGACAAGUCCGGGGGGCUGAUGCAGCGGCCUGUCGUCUCACGGGGGCCUCUGUCGAGCCACGGGGUCCCGGCAGGCAUGAGGCCUCCCAGGCGGACCAGCUCGGAAAGCCCCUGCAGGCUCCCGGUCAAAAUGGGCAACGGCCCGCCGGAGCCGUUCAAACGGUACUCGUCGUCGCCUCAGAUCAACGUCGUCAAGAGGACGGGCAGCCCGGCCACUCCCAGUUGCCAAGAGCCCACGAAGCACAAGAGCGACGAGGGGCCCAAACUCCCCGUGGUGCCUCCUCUGGGAGCGCCGGAAAAGCAGGCCGAAGAGGCACAGCGAGAGAUGGUCAGGGGGACGUGGAAGCGCAUCCGAGACGAGGACAUCCCCCACAUCCUGAAGACCACCCUCCCUCCCACGGCCCUGCCGCUAGUCAGCACCUUGGAGGAGGAAGAGGCCCCACAGGUCCUGCGGAAGACCAGCGACGCCGUCGUGCAGACGGAAGACUUCUCCGCCGCCAAAACCAACUCCAGCACCUCCCCGACGAUGGAGAACAAGGCUGCGCUCCUCGCGUUCUCAGAAGCAGAAGACGCAGGCGGUUCCAAUCCAGGCAAGGCCCCCGCGGCGGUGCCCAUCUCCUUCACGCACGAGGUGCCCGUCAGCUCCCUCGGGAACUUCCCCCCAAGCAGGCACAGCUCCCCAAGCCGGGCUGCCCGGGUGACUCCUUUCAACUACACGCCCAGCCCCAUGGUGGAGCCCGCGGACAACGACAAACAGAUCCAAAAAGUGCAGGUGUGA